AUGUACAAUGAAUCGAGUCAAACGCAUCGCUGUCAAUCGCCACAAAAUGAUUUGUUGAAUACGCCGGAACAUCUCCGGCCUGGUUUUAGUGGACAACCGCGUCAAUAUGAUCCCAGGGAGUUUGGUCUGACGGGCAACGAGCAAUGGCAACAUCCGAAUAUGUUCCGGAACAUGACAUAUGAAACAGAUAUCGGGGCGAUGGAUACGUUUCGACAGGCGCAGCCGCGACGUACGGAAUUUUGUCCGCCUUUGGCUCACAAUCUAGGAAAUCUACCAGAGGAGCACCUGGCGGAUAUGACGCCACCGACGUUCGAUUUGUAUGAUACGGACACAACGCCUUUGGGUGACAAUGAGCCCAAUUUAUAUGUGGACAGCCUGUACCAAGAGAUUGUGAAUCGUUUUGAUGAAUUGCGCGAAAGGAUUGCUCAAGGGGAUAAUAAACUGGAGUCGGAGGUGAGCCACGCCUCCUGCAAUACCUCUUCAAAGCCCAACGAAGUUUCGGAAGUCUGCACGUCACAAAAUGAGAAUGGCACAAAAAGGACUUUACGCAAGGUGACCACGCGUCGGGACCAGUGUGGAAAUGUGACCAGUCGCGUCGAAGAGACCAGCACAGUGUCUAAUGGAAGGUUGUCUAAUCCGAAUUCCGUUCCUCCGAAUUCAGGACGUCAACUCAACUUUUCAUUAGCACAAUCGGAAAAUCUCGCCGAUGUAUCGAUGCCAUCAUUUCACGAUGAUUCCAUGAUUCCCGCAAUGAGCACUCGAAUAGCUCCUCAAAAUAUGACCAGCGAGUGUCUAGCGGACAAAAGUGCUCCACCUUUGUCAGACUCUGCGGAGAGACGCCUUCAGACGCCAGCCCGGACAAUCGGCAACAUCCUGGCGCCAUCCUUUGGCACCAAUGUCUGCCUGGAAGAUGUCAGUGCUCCGUCGUUUGCACAAAGCACGAUGACAAGCACAAGACCCGGAUGCCCAGCUAUACAGGAUAUCUGUGAGAUUUCAGCCCCAUCUCUGGCCAGUCCCAAUCGUGGACCCAUCAAUAGUGAGUGUCUUACUGCUGAUUCAAGACGACAAGCAACAAUUCUGCCUAGAGAAUGCUUAGAAAAUGUGACAAUGCCUUCUUUUGGAGGAGUUUCUGGAGCUUCGAAUAGGCAAAUGACAAAUAUGCCAAGUGAGUGCUUAGAAGACGUGAGUGCUCCAUCUUUUGGACGGAGCAUGUCACGGAGUAGAUCAACUCGACGACAGCAGAGAUCGAUGCCAUCACAAAAUAUCUGUGACAUAAGUGCUCCUUCCUUUGGAAGCUCAGUUCGGGGCCAAACGACCAAUGAAUGCCUGGAGGACAUGAGCAUGCCUUCCUUUGGAGGAGUAUCAGGAGCUUCUAGAGCUAGAGCUCCAACACGACAACAUCAAUCAGUGCCUAGUCAGAAUAUCUGUGAUAUCUCUGCUCCUUCCUUUGGAACUAGUGGACGUGAACAACCCACAAGUGAUUCAUUUGGUAGACAAUUGACUAAUCAGUGCCUGGAAGACAUGAGCAUGCCUUCCUUUGGAGGAGUAUCAGGAGUUUCAAGAGCGAGAUCACAACGAGGUCAGCAGCGAUCUAUGCCAACUCAGAAUAUCUGCGAUACAUCAGCUCCGUCUUUUCAAUCUACAGGACGAGAACCUCUCUCAAAUGAAUGUAUAGAUAGCAUAGCCAUGUCGUCAUUUGGAGGUGUUACAGGAACUUCAAGACGACAACAAACAAUGCCCUCGGAAUGCCUUGAAAACAUCACUCAACCAUCUAUCGAUAUCAGUAGAGCUGCACAAAUGACCAGUGAGUGUCGAGAGAAUACUACCAUGCCCUCAUUCGGAGGAGUUACGGGAUCACCACAAAGACAGCCAGAUUUGCCUUCGGAGUGCUUGGAUAAUAUAACUCAGCCAUCGUUUGGCAGAAGCAUGUCGCGUGGAACGAGUCAGCGACAGCAGGAUAUGUCGAUGGCUCACCAAAAUAUUUACAAUAACCCACCCUACUAUGUCAGCCAGGGAAAUAUGCCCAGCGAGUGCUUAGAGGACGUAAGUGCGCCAUCCUUUGGACGCAGUAUGUCACGGAGUAGGACUUCUCGACAUCAGCAGCGAUCGAUGCCUUCACAGAAUAUCUGUGACAUAACAGCUCCGUCAUUUGAAAGUUCGGGUCGGACAAUGGCUACUUAUCAAUGCCUGGAGGACAUGAGCAUGCCUUCCUUUGGCGGAGUUUCAGGUGCUUCAAGAGCGAGAUCUCCGAAACAUCAAGAGCGGUCAAUGCCAACUCAGAAUAUCUGUGAUACUUCAGCUCCGUACUUCCAGAAUAGUGGUCAAGGAGCCAUAACAAAUGAAUGUAUAAAUAACAUCACCAUGCCGUCAUUUGGUGGUGUUUCAGGUUCUUCGAGAAGACAGCGUACUAUGACCUCCGAGUGUUUGGAUGAUAUUACUCAGCCGUCCCUUGGAAGAAGCAUGCCUACCCAAAAUAUCUACGACAUGACCCGAGAAUGCUUGGAUAAUGUUACCAUGCCUUCUUUUGAAGGUGUCGCUGGAGAUUCAAAUAGGCCAAUGAACCAUAUGCCAAGUGAGUGCUUAGAGGAUGUGAGUGCUCCAUCAUUUGGAAGGAGCAUGUCACGGAGUAGAUCAACUCGACGACAGCAGAGAUCGAUGCCAUCACAAAACAUCUGCGAUAUUAGUGCUCCAUCUUUUGGAAGUUCAGCUCAGGGACAAACGACCAAUCAAUGCUUGGAGGACAUAAGCAUGCCAUCUUUUGGAGGGCUUUCCAGUGAUUCAAGAUCAAGAUCACAGCGACGUCAACAGCGCUCAAUGCCAACUCAGAAUAUCUGCGAUACAUCAGCUCCGUCUUUUCAGUCUACAAGACGUGGAGCUGCGACAAAUGAAUAUCUGGAGAACAUGACCAUGCCGUCCUUUGGUGGUGUAUCGGGUAUUUCAAGGCAACAACCAAAUAUGCCAUCAGAGUGCCUGGAAGAUAUUACUCAGCCGUCCUUUGGAAGAAGUACGCCACAUCGGGCAAUGGAGUACAGUAAUUCACCUUAUUAUGACGGUCCUGGGAACACAACAAUGAUAAAUGAAUGCUUAGAAAAUGUGACAAUGCCUUCUUUCGGAGGAGUUUCUGGAGCUUCGAAUAGGCAAAUGACUAAUUUGCCAAGUGAGUGCUUGGAGGAUGUGAGUGCUCCAUCAUUUGGACGGAGCAUGUCACGGAGUAGAUCAACUCGACGACAGCAGAGAUCGAUGCCAUCACAAAAUAUCUGUGACAUAAGUGCUCCUUCCUUUGGAAACUCAGUUCGGGGCCAAACGACCAAUGAAUGCCUGGAGGACAUGAGCAUGCCUUCCUUUGGAGGAGUAUCAGGAGCCUCUAGAGCAAGAACUCCAAUUCGAAAACAUCAAUCAAUGCCUAGUCAGAAUAUCUGUGAUACCUCUGCUCCUUCCUUUGGAUCUAGUGGACGUGAACAACCCACAAGUGAUUCAUUUGGAAGACCAUUGACUAAGCAGUGCCUGGAAGACAUGAGCAUGCCUUCCUUUGGAGGAGUAUCAGGAGUUUCAAGAGCUAGAUCACAAAGAGGUCAGCAGCGAUCUAUGCCAACUCAGAAUAUUUGCGAUACAUCAGCGCCAUCUUUUCAAACUACAGGAAGAAGAGUGAUGACCAAUGAAUGCCUUGAAAAUAUUACAAUGCCAACAUUUCCAGAACGCAGUUUAUCACAAGGAGCGAGUCAAAGACGUUAUCAAAGAUCGAUGCCUUCACAGUACAUUUAUGACGUUACAGAACCUUCGUAUUAUAACUCCGGUCGAGGUCCAAUGACCAAUGAAUGUUUAAACAAUACGACAAUGCCAUCUUUUGGUGUUGCCUGGCGAGAUCAAACUAUGCCCAAUGAGUGUUUAAAUGAUGUGAGUGCGCCUUCGAUGGGAAGAUCUCAAAAUACACAACAGCUUUGGGACAUCUCUCCCCCUGACUUUGACAGCUACAAUAGCUAUCCACGUCGACCACACUCCGAGCCGACUUAUCCGAGCGAGUGUCUGGAUGAUGUGACUGCGCCUGGCCUGAGCAUGAAUAUGAGCAUGGGACCGAGAAGUCCCCAUAUGACUAGAGCUGGUCUGAACGAUGCAUCGGUGAACUCCAUGCGUCGUGUGCGGAGUUUUCCUUGUAUUCCAAGUCAACAGCAAAUUGGCGACAUAUCGGCGCCUUCAAUGAGUGAGAUUUGUCUAAGCAUUCAGGACUCGAGAGUAGUGCGUCGGGAGACAUCCCAUCCAAACGAGAUACUGGGAAAUGUAAGUGCUCCGUCCUAUGCAAGUAACGCGAGUCGACAGAAUCGUCCAGUCGGCUUGCAAUGGGCGGAUAGAACGAACAUUUCAAGUAUGCCCAGCGAGAAUCUCGAUAACAUUACCGAGCCCACGAUGUUGGCCAAUAACUCAACAAGGGGCAAUCUGACUUCCUACAAUCGAAGUCUCUCUAGACCACAAGAGCAGUUGUAUGAAGUGAGUAUGCCAACUCUGGCUAGCACAGGCCAGGGACGUAGAAACAACUUUGCUCGCUCGACAGCCAUUGGCGAGGAUUUGGGAAACGCACCAGAAGAGAUUGAUUCACAUUUUGCAACAGGUCAGCAAAGUACAGACUCGAAGGAUCCACCUUGUCAAUGUCCAGCUGCCAAACAGUCUAUGAAACUGGCUGAUAACUCCAACGAAUCACAAGACUUAAAUGGACUACAGACUGCAGAUUCCGUCGAUCCGACGACUUCUCUACAAAAUUCGACUUCAAACGACAAAAUCGCAAGGGGUUUGAUAACAACACCCACCGAACAACUGAGCAAUGAAUGUGAGCCAAGCGCACUUAAUAAUACUACACAGGGACCAUCCUCGGGAGUUACUGAAGUGAAGGAAGUAACGAUCAUUGCGUCUGUGAGUUCCAUGACUCGCAAAUAUACUAAGCAAAAUACCAGCGAGUGUAAUGACAAUACGGAUCGGUCAAGGGAUCGAGGGAGAAGUGUCUAUCACAAUGUCGGCAAUUUAUCCCGUAAUCCCGAGAAUAACGAGACCUAUCACGGCUUCAACUCUAUGAGUAACUAUGCUCCAUUCGAUCAGCUCAUCAACUGCACACCACAAACGGGAGCGGGAGCGGGAGCGGGAACGGGAUUGGGAGCCUGCAGUCCGCUCAGCACGCCGCAACCUGUACGCGGAAACAUUGGACAAAGAGGCAAUGCAUCCAACACUCUUAGAUCAGAUGACCCGACGGAAACAAGGCGCAAGUGCUGCUGUAACAAUAAAAGCUGUCAAAGAUAUAGAAAGACGCGACAAAAUCAAAAAGGUCAAGAUCGCAACGCCAACGUUAACUAAAACAAACAUAUACAUCAAUAUUCAGAUUUGUGUGCUUUUAACCAUGUGCCAUGCAUUAUACUCGAUGGGAAUAGUUAAUGAUUUAUUACAUGUUUUUUAGCCUGAAGAAAUUAUCGAAAUUCGAAUCAACAAUAAAAUAAAAAUUAAAACUAAAAAGU